AUGGAGCGUAGGAAGAGGAGUUUUGCUAGUCAGCGACGCCUAAGCCAGGAGCUGCCCUUCCACCAGAGGCUCCUAGGCGGUGUCCAAAAGAGUUUCGGAUCACCGCUGGCCCAUCAAGUUCGAUUGCAAUUGGCAGGUGAUAAUACAAUGUCCGAUUUCCAGACCUUUAUCAAUGUGCUAAAGUGUGGAUUCGGUACUGGCUGUUUGGCCAUGCCAAAGGCUUUCAUGCACUCUGGUUGGCUGAUGGGCCUUAUAAGCACUGUCGUUCUCAGCUCCUUUGUACUCUAUGCCAUGCAUAUUCUGCUUAGACAUAUCAAUUUCUUGGGAGCUCGCUUUGAAAUCCCAUUACUCACUUAUCGAAAAUCCGUGGAAUUGGCUGUCAGCAAUGGACCACCAAAGUUUCAGUUUCUAAGUAAACCCUUUGGGUACCUAGUGGAUAUCCUGCUCUGUGGAUAUCACUUUGGCGUGGACUGUGUCUAUGUGGUCUUUGUGGCCAAAAGUCUCAAGCAUUUAGGGGAUAUCUAUUUGUGGCCCUUGGAUGAGAGACUCUAUAUGGCCCUGCUCAUCUUACCAUUGAUCUUAACGUUUAUAAUACGGGAUCUCAAGAGUCUUCUGCCAUUCGCCUUCAUAGCCAACAUUUUGAUAUUCGUUGGAUCUUUUAUAAUUUUAGGCUACUUGUUUCGGGGACUUUCUCGAUUUGAAGAACUUAAAGCAUUUCAGCCCUUGCGGAACUUUCCCUUGUUUUUUGGCACUGUGCUAUUUGCCAUCGAAUCAGUUGGAGUGAUUUUAGCCCUUGGACGCAGUAUGCGAACACCGGAGAAUUUUCUUGGCCCUUGUGGAGUUUUAAAUCAAGGUAUGUUCGUGGUAAUUUUUUUCUAUGCGGUCUUUGGUUUUUUUGGCUACUGGCGGUAUGGACAAGAUACGGAAAACUCGAUUCUGCAAAACCUUCCACAAAACAAAAUACUUUCCCAGCUGGUGACUGCAAUGUUUGCCCUGGCAAUUUUCUUUAGCUAUUCCCUGCAGGGCUAUAUAACGGUGGACAUAAUCUUCAGGAGUUAUCUGGAGCCGGAACUGGAGGAUGGAGCUUCCAAGGCAGUGGAGUUCUUGGUGCGAAUCGCCUUGGUCAUCGCGUCGGUGCUGAUGGCAAUCCAGUACCCGGACUUUGGGCUGCUGCUCGCCUUCGUGGGAUCCUUUUGCCUGGCCCAACUGGGUCUGAUCCUGCCGGGAAUCGUGGACAUCUGCGUCCAAUAUGAUUUGGGAUACGGACCUGGGAGGAUCCUUCUUCUCCGAUCGAUGCUCUUCAUUUUUGUGGGCUUGGCUGGCGGAGUUGCUGGUACAGUAGUUACCCUACAAACCCUCCAAGCUCGCUUUCCCAUCGUAGUUUAAAAAUGUUGUACAUAUU